AUGUGGAGUUACACUCAACCACCGACAUCCGUCGAGACCAACACCAUUCUCGAGCAAAAUGGCUCUGGCCUAUUUGCUCUUCCCUGGGAAGUCAAAGAGCGCAUCUAUGAAUACUAUCUCGCCUUCAGCCGCGAAGACUUUGGCUCCACCUCGAGGCCGCUGCUUACUUACUUUGAGCAAGGGGUUUACACGAAACCUUUGCCGUUCCUCAUGUUGACAUGCAAGCGCGCCUAUCGAGAACUGCAGCAACGGGUCCACGCAGACGCCGUCAUGCACGUACACCCUCAGGCCCUGGGCGACAGGGGCAUCGGCUUCGCCGUUCACGGGACGCUCCGCUUCGAGCGCCUGCGCAGGUUCUACCUCCUCCUCACCACCGAGUAUCCGAACUGGAACCGGUGGAUGGGGGUGUUCAGCGAGGUAGCGCAACGAUCCAAGGACCUGGCCGAGCUCGUCAUCGACUGGGAGCCGAGACCGACUUUCUCGAAUCUGAAAGGAUGGGAGGCCAAGUUCAACGAGAAGAAGUCCAGCGAGUUCUUUGGCAUUCUGUCACAGCUUCACCAUCUCGAAGUUGUCAGGUUCCAUGGGGAGUUGCCAGAAGGGUGGAGGGAAAUAUUUGAGAAGGAAACAACUGCCAGGCUUGUAUGCUACAAGUUCAAAUGGUGGAAAGAGCAUGGUUUGGAUUAG